AUGGAAGGCUGUACCUUGAACAGGAUUGUCAAGAUUGAAAUCAUCCGUCCUAACGAGAAUCUUGAUUUUUCCCGGAGAUCACUUCGGAGGCUGUCGGUCUGCAGCAUAGCCCUCCCUACGCCCCAAUCAGCAGAGUCGCAUGUCCAGCAAUGGCGAGCUCUGGACGAGGUGUUGGUCAUGGAAUACUUCUCACACCAACAGUCUUCCACGUCAUGCCCGUUCCACGGCUCAGGAUAUGGCAAGAAUGGACUMGAAGGUGUCGAGGUUUGCAAAGUAGCGUGGCCACCGUCCCGAUCCUGCGGUGAUUGCGAAAGUCCCCACGAGAAUAGGUAUCGAAUGGAAGAUGGAAUAGCUGCCUGGGCGAAUAUUGCCGCUUACAUUCGCAAUGAUUGGAGUUGA